GCAGCAGCAGGAGCAGGCGGGGUUGGCCGGGAGGGGAGACGUGGCCCGGGCCGGCUUCUUUCUUCCUUCCUUCCUUCUUUCCUCGCUCUCUUUCUCUUUCCGUUUGCACCGCCGCCAUGGCCACCUCCUCCCCCCACCACCACUCCACGGCCUGCCUGGCCCUGCUGCUGCUCGGCUGCCUCUCCUUAGGCGCGGGCCCCGCUUGGGCCGAGGGGACGGAGGCGGGCGGCGAAGCGGACCCCCACGCGCGGCAUCUCUACAGCGCCGAGAUGCUGCGCCAUGGCGCCCAGAGCGCGCCGCACUUCGUCAUGUUCUUCGCCCCGUGGUGUGGGCACUGCCAGCGCUUGCAGCCAACAUGGAACGAUCUUGCAGACAAGUACAACAGCAUGGAAGAUCCACAGGUCUAUGUUGUCAAAGUGGACUGCACUGCGGAUACGCCACUGUGUUCCGAGUAUAGUGUCAGAGGAUACCCGACCCUGAAACUGCUUAGACCAGGCCAAGAAGCUGCAAAAUACCAGGGACCUAGAGACUUCCAGUCGCUGGAGAACUGGAUGCUGAAGACACUAAAAGAAGAACCUGCUGAGAAAGAUUCUGAACCAGAGUCUCCCAAAGACCCGGAAUCGAAGCAGGGUCUAUAUGAGCUCACAUCAGCCAAUUUCAAAACGCAUGUUGCAGAAGGCAAUCACUUUAUCAAAUUCUUUGCCCCCUGGUGUGGCCACUGCAAGGCCCUGGCGCCAACUUGGGAGCAGUUGGCCCAGCACCUUGAAAAUUCGGGGACUGCCAAGAUCGGCAAGGUGGAUUGCACACAACAUAAUGAAGUCUGCUCGGAAAACCAAGUGCGCGGUUACCCAACCCUCCUUUGGUUCAGAGGAGGAGAAAAGGUUGACCAAUAUAAAGGGAAGAGAGAUUUCGACUCUUUGAAAGAAUAUGUAGAAUCCCAGCUAAAAGACACCAAAGAAGCCUCAGGAGAUGCUAAACCUACAGAAGUACCAUCACCACCUAGAGAAGCAAUUCCAGAGGAAGAGGGCAAAGUCCUUUCCCUCUCUGAAAAAGACUUUGAUAAAGAAGUGUCUCAGGGGAUCACCUUCAUUAAGUUCUAUGCUCCGUGGUGCGGUCAUUGUAAAAACCUGGCUCCCACUUGGGAGAAUCUCUCAAAAAAGAACUUUCCAGGACCAGUCGAUGUCAAGAUAGCAAAAGUUGACUGCACCAUGGAACGCAAUGUCUGCAAUAGAUUUUCCGUGCGUGGCUACCCAACACUGAUGCUUUUCCGUGGUGGGGAAAAAGUCACUGAGCACACAGGAGCCAGAGAUCUUGAAACACUGCACAACUUUGUCCUGGGGCAAGCAAAGGAUGAACUGUAGAAAACAUGCCUGUUUGGAUACUGCUCCUCAAGCUGUGUCUCUCCAGUAAACAAGGGAGUUGAAUCAAGGUGUGCGGGUAUCAGAUUUCCAAUAGUUGUCAUUUGGGAAACUGAAUGUACUAAAAUGUGGUAUCCCCUGUGUGUGUGUGUGUGUGUGUUUCCCCUAAAGCCCUCCUGUGCUGAGCUUAAGGGAAGCUUACAACAAGCAACCAUAGUUCAAAUUGGAAACAGUUUUCAUUAUUAGUUGUGUUAAUGAACUUCCAUUUGUCCUGGUAGUCAGUUGCCUUUUUGUAUCUAAAACCAGUAAGAAAAGGUUAAAAUUAAGGGGGACUGGUAGAUGAUGGCAGUUUACACAGGUUACAAAUUUACUACAUGCCUGGACCGUGCAAAACUGCACAUUGUAAACCUUAUAUGUGGCAAAUCAGUGCUUUUUAAAUGCCUCAUCAAGAGAAACGUCAAAGGAAAAGACACACACAAUUUGGAAAGACACCCCUGACCAUUGCUGUCAUUUGGGGUUCUCUCAUCAUGAGGGGUGUACAACAAAAA